AUGAGAUUUUCUUGGAAGAAUAUAUGUCUUCCAAUAAGCUGCAUCAACAACACAAACCAGAAGGCUAAAACAAACCCAUCAAAGGAAAGGCUUCUUAUACUCUCCAAGCAAACCUCUGUCCGAAGCAGAGUCUACUUGUCGGAUUUCAGCAAUUCAACCAUCUCCCUCAACGACUUCUCAAACUCUUUCCUCAUAGACAUUCACAUCUUCACCUACCAAGAGCUCAAAACGAUCACACAAGGCUUCUCAAAGUACAAUUACCUCGGUGAAGGAGGGUUUGGAGAAGUCUACAAAGGGUUUGUUGAUGAUAGCCUCAAGAUUGGUUUAAAAGCUCAAAAUGUUGCUGUCAAGGCCUUGAAACGAGAAGGUGGACAAGGCCAUAGAGAAUGGCUGGCUGAAGUUAUAAUCCUUGGUCAGUUGAAGCAUCCCAAUCUUGUUCACUUGAUUGGAUACUGCUGUGAAGAUGAUCACAGACUUCUAGUCUAUGAAUACAUGGAACGAGGCAACCUUGAAGAACAUCUAUUUCAAAAGUAUGGUGGAGCCUUGCCUUGGUUAACAAGAGUGAAGAUUCUGCUUGGUGCUGCCAAAGGACUUGAGUUCCUUCACAAAGAAGAGAAACCUGUCAUUUACAGAGAUUUCAAGCCUUCCAACAUCCUCUUGAGCUCGGACUACAGCUCAAAGCUUUCAGAUUUUGGCUUAGCCACAGAUGGAUCAGAGGCACAAGACUCAAACUUUACCAAAAGUGUAAUGGGCACAGAAGGCUACGCAGCUCCAGAAUACAUCUCAGCAGGUCAUUUGACUACUAUGAGCGACGUUUUCAGUUUCGGUGUGGUGCUUUUGGAGAUGCUAACAGCUAGAAAGGCAGUGGAGAAGUACAGGUCACAGAGAGGGAGGAGCCUAGUGGAAUGGGCAAGACCAAUGUUAAAAGACCACAACAAGCUUGAACAGAUCAUAGACCCGAGUCUCGAAGGGCGUUACUCGGUUGAAGGGAUCAGAAAGGCAGCUUCUUUGGCUUACCAGUGCCUCAGCCACAACCCUAAGUCAAGACCCACUAUGGCCGUUGUUGUCAAGACGCUAGAGCCUAUUCUAGACCUCAAAGACAUCCAAAACGGACCGUUUGUGUACAUUGUUCCAGUGGAAGGUGCAAAUGACAUCAAAUGUAAAGAUGAUGUCAAAGUCACAAAAGAUGAAACAGAGAAGGAGACAAAAGUCUGUACACGACUUAGAGCAGGUCGAAGGAAGAGACGUAAACACAAGACAAUGAGGUCUCGUGCCGUAUAUUCAGACACUACUCUCUACAAGAGUCUAGGAACCAGUUUAUACAUCAAAGCAGAGUAA